AAAUACCAGAGAAAACGGAGAAGACGAGCUUCGACUAAAACAACAAGAUUUGUUUUUCUUGUGUGUGAUUGAUUUUGUGGUCCUUGUGAUAUUGAGUGCUGAAUAAAACCCUUUGGAUUCAAAUUGGUGAAAAACUAUUCAAGCAAUUAAUCUUAAGGCAGUUUUAGCAAUGAGUUACUGGACAAAAAGAAGAAAGAUUCGAGGCGAAGUGCAACAUAUUUUAACUGAAAUAAUUGACACUGAAAAGCGUAAUAUUGAUGUUAGAGAGAAAUGGGCUACAGCAAGCUUAUCACCUCAAUUGUCUGAAACAUUAGUGGUUUCUGUUACUGAAUUAAGCAGCCAAACUCCUUUAUUCAACCCUUUAUUUAACAAUUGCAGUGAGACAUCAGAGAAUUUUGCAUCACCUUUGGGUGAUGUUGAUGAAUAUGACGAAGUUGAAAAUGCCAUUAUGAGUGAUUCUGAAUCUGACCAAAGCUCUCAGUUCAGUAUGAUGGAAGAACUUGUAACAGAUUUGGCAUCAUGGUCAUGUUCUUUUAAUAUUACACUUACUGCGUUAGCUGCUUUGCUGACUAUUUUACGAAAAAUUUGCCCUGAUUUGCCAAAAAGUCCAAAAACAGUAAUGCAGUCUGAAAUCUACAAGAAAGAGGUACGUGACAGUUCAUAUUGUUAUUUUGGCAUUAAGCAAGGGAUUGUUAAUAGAUUGUCACAGUUAGUUGCUAAAGGUACGACAGUGAAUCAGGUAAUUAUGUUACAAUUCAAUAUUGAUGGAUUGCCAUUAUUUAAAAGUUCAAAGAUACAGUUGUGGCCAAUUCUGUGUUUAAUGGAACAUUUUGAUGGUGUGGUUCAAACAAAUAGGGAGCCGUUUACAGUUGCAUUAUACUGUGGAAAUAGCAAGCCGACUGAUAUUAAUGCAUUUUUGAAAGACUUUGUUGAGGAAAUAAAAGACCUUCAGGAAACAGGAAUCAUAUUUAACAAUGUGUGUUAUGAAAUAAAAAUUUCUGCUCUGGUUUGUGACACCCCAGCGCGAGCUUUUAUUAAAUGUAUUAAGGGUCACAGUGCAUAUCAUGGAUGUGAUAAAUGUGUACAACAUGGUUUUUAUGCCGGGCGUACAACUUUUCCGGAAACAGCAGCAGCUCUUAGAACAGACUCAUCAUUUCUAGAAAUGAAAGAUCAGAAACAUCAUUAUGGAAAAAGCCCACUUGUUGCUAUUCCAUCAUUAGGAAUGAUAUCACAGGUACCUGCAGACUACAUGCAUUUAGUUUGUCUUGGCGUAAUGAAGAAAAUGGUUUUUAUGUGGCUCAAGGGACCUUUAGCCACCAGACUUGGCCCACGUGUGGUCAAAGAUCUAUCAGAAAAAUUGGUUGACAUGAGACCUUACAUUCCAUCGGAAUUUGCGCGUAAGCCACGGCCAUUUCAUGAAUUUGAACGUUGGAAAGCAACAGAAUUUAGGCAACUAUUGCUUUAUACAGGCAUGGUUUGCUUUGAUAGGAUUCUUUCACCUCCACUCUAUAAUAACUUUAUGCUUUUAUCUGUUGCUAUGAGCAUCUUGCUAAGUGAAUUUCUAUGCAAGAAAUAUGCUUCGUAUGCGCAUAGUUUGUUAUUGCUAUUUGUAGAGCAUGUCUCGGAGGUUUAUGGCAAAGAAGUUAUUACAUAUAAUAUGCAUGGGCUGGUACAUUUGUCAAAUGAUGCCAAAAAAUUUGGUCCUCUGGACAAUAUUUCAUCAUUUCCAUUUGAGAAUUAUUUAUCUCAGUUAAAGAAACUUGUUCGGAAGCCUCACAUGCCUUUGCAGCAAAUAGUUCGAAGACUUGGUGAGAAGAGAGCAAUUCAACAAAAACAAAAAAACGAAAGUGAGCAUAAUAGUACAUACUUUAAGAAGGAGCAUUAUAAUGGGCCAGUCGUCAAAUCGUUGAAAGUAUGUGCUCAGUACAAGGAAUUGUUUACCAAGCGUUGGUGCAUAAAAAUUACAGAUGGAGAUAACUGUUUUAGCUUGAACAAUGGCAAAGUAAUUAUUGUGCAGAAUAUUGUAAAAACAGCUGAGCAGUCCUUUAUUUUGUAUAAACAGUUUAAAAAACUUGAAGAUUUUUUUACAUACCCAUGCUGUUCUAUGAAGGUGGAUAUUUUUAAAGUUUCUUGCUUGGAAAACGAAUUGCUAUACUGUUCACCAACAGAAAUUAAAAGAAAAUAUGUUUGCCUACCAAUUGAUAAUGAUUAUGCUGUCAUUCCUAUGAUGCAAUUUUAACAUUUGUGCAAUGAAAUUUUGUUCAAUCGAAAAAAAAUGUUUUUAAAUGA